AUGUCGGAAAUUUCGAAAAGAGAAGCUAAACGUGAAAUUGCUGAAUCUUUAUCCCUCAGUGUAUUUUGCAUGCAGCGUAUAGGCAUUUCUUUUGAAAGACCAAAGCAAAUCUCAUUGUACUUUCGCCAAAAAAUUAUAUUCAUUAUAUCCGUGUGGAGUAUUUGCUACCACGUUUUCAGCGAGCUUGUGUUCAUUGGAUUAACAUUUUGGAACUCACCCCGUGUAGAAAAUGUUGUGCCGCUAUUACACACGUUUGGAUACGGUGCAUUAAGUAUUGCGAAGGUAUUUGUGCUAUGGUAUAAAAAGGAUGUGUUCGGACAACUCUUGCGUGAGCUGGCAGAUAUCUGGCCUACACCUCCACUUGACGAGGACGCCCAAAAUAUUAAGAACCAGAGUCUCACUGCGUUACGUAUAGCACAUCGAUGGUACUUCUGGCUGAAUUUAUCUGGAGUAUGGUUCUAUAACUUAACACCAAUCGGUGUCUACUUCUUUCGUCUAUGGCAGGGUCAAAACGCGAAAAUUGGCUUCGUGUGGGUAUCGUGGUACCCGUUCGAUAAGCACAAACCAAUUGCUCAUGUUGCUGUAUAUGUUUUCGAAAUUUUAGCUGGUCAAACCUGCGUAUGGAUAAUGGUCUGCACGGACCUGUUGUUCUCGGGCAUGGCGAGUCACAUAGGAAUGUUACUGCGUCUAUUGCAGCGCCGACUGGAGUCACUGGCCUUUACGGAGUAUACGGAUGAUGAACACUAUAAAGAAAUUCUGUCGAAUAUUAAACUACAUCAACGUUUAAUUAGGCAAGUAUAUAUAUACUGCAAUAAUUUAGAAGAUGCAUUUUCGCUUGUUAAUCUAAUUAAUAUUGUCUUUAGUUCGGUUAAUAUCUGCUGCGUAGUGUUCGUCAUUGUGUUACUGGAGCCUUUUAUGGCUGUAAGCAACAAAUUGUUUUUAGGGUCGGCUUUAAUUCAAAUAGGUAUGCUAUGCUGGUAUGCGGAUGAUAUUUACCAUGCAAAUGCCGAUGUCGCGUCUGCCGCUUAUAACAGUAGCUGGUAUAAAACAAGCCCGCGCUGCCGACGUGCCCUGCUUUUCCUUAUACAAAGGCGAAAACCGAUAGCAUUUACUGCGAUGAAAUUUACUAACAUCUCGCUGGUAACAUAUUCUGCGAUCCUAACAAGAUCAUAUUCUUACUUUGCCCUUCUGUAUACAAUGUAUAGUGAUAACUAA